AUGUCCAGGCUCAGCGCAUGGCUGAAGAAGUACCUGCGCAUCGAAUCGAGCCCCAAACCGCCAUCCCCUGACGAGCCGCCGUUUCUACCUUCUUCGCGACGACCGAUUACACCGACUUCGAUCGACACACCGGCAUGCCUCUUCUUCCAGCUGCCGUAUGACAUCCGAAGCAUCAUCUUAUCCAUGGCCUUCGGUAGACGCAUCCUCCACAUGGAUCUUGUACAGCAGGCAGGCGCAUGGCGAUGGAGAGGCACGACCUGCGGACGUAAUCACCCGGCAUAUAAGUCGUCCAUGCGGUGGCAUUGGAUAGGCCCGUGGAACGAUUCGUGCAUAAAGUGGUUGGAGGAGGGCCGGUAUAGAAGUAGCGACCCAAACGACCCCGCUGUGCGUUCUGGGAAGUAUGACAUUGGCGCUAUGGGGUUUCUGCUGUCUUCCAGACAGGCGUACAUGGAAGGUGUCGAUGUCUUGUAUUCAGCCAACUGCAUAAGCAUCCAGAGCGAGCCCUUGCUUCUUCAUCUUCCAAGACUGAUUCCUCAUAACCGACUGGCAUCGAUCACUUCUCUGGAAAUGACAGUUCAGGCACACCGUGUUGAGAAAGAUGAUGGCACAGGGUACUAUAAUAUGGACCACUUGGAGCCCAUUCUCGACAACAUCGUCAAAUACUGCCAUAGUAUCCGCAAAUUCUAUUUGUCCCUGCUCGUUUACUGGGACCGGCAUGGCCACGAUCUACUCACCGGUCCAGCCUUACCCCUACUCGAUGCCUUUUGGAGGUCAAAACAGUUGCGCAAUAUGAUAGUCGAGCUGCCUGAACCGCACUUUAGAGCGAUCAAGUGCAUUCGGCCUAUAAUGCAGCAUCCACGUGAAGCACCCGCCAGUGGUUGGUCAAAACGAUCGAAAUGGAGAGCUUUGCAUAGUAAGGAGCCUCAGAUACAAUACAGAUCUCUCGAGCGCUACCCGGGUCCGCCCUUGAAGCUACCGGUAGGAGACGGCGGAGAUGACAAAGUGGAGAGUGCGGGAUACUGGCUCCGCGAAGGUCACGGAAGAUUUGACCACCUCAUAUCAAAUUGUGGUGCCCAUUAA